GGCAAGGGUGCUGCGCCAGGUGCGUAUGAAUCUCCUCGCGCGAAGGACAGGAACGCAAGUGGACGUCGCGUGGCCGUGGGGGUUGGUCCCGAGAUCGACUUCGCGGGAACCCGCGUGGAUGCGCGCGUCGCGGUCGCUGGGGCGGAGAGUGGGGAGGGGGAGGAGUUAACGUGGGAAAAGCGCGCGCGCGUGGACUCUCCUGGCUCACCGGCCCAUCCCCCAGUCCUGUCUGUGUACGACCCCCCCAGGGGGAAAAGGGGAAGAGACAGGAGACUUGUCUAGCUCAAGGGCCCAGGCCCAGGGCCAUGGAGUCCUUGGCGGUGACCAAUGCUGCGUUGGAGCCCGGGGAAGGGGAGGUGACUUCUGGCCUGGAAGCUUUGGCUGUGGAGGACCCUGCAGGAGCCCCUGCCCGGACUGACCCAGCCCAGGAGGUAGAGGAAGAGGGAAGGGAAAGGGCCAGAGAAGAAGUCCAGGUGGAGGUGGAAGCAGAGGAGCCCGUCCUUGAAGAGGCACAGGUUGAACCAGCUGGUACAUCUGAGGAGGAAGAAGAUGACGAAGAAGAUGAAGGAAAGGAAGACUGGUGUGUGCCUUGCAGUGAUGAAGAGCUAGAGUUACCCCAGAAUGGAGAACCCUGGAUGCCACCCCCUGCUGAAAUUCGAAAGCUCUAUGAGCUGCUGGCCACUCAUGGGACCCUGGAGCUCCAGGCUGAGGUUCUACCCCGAAGGCCUCCCACUCCAGAGGUCCAGAGCGAGGAGGAGAAAUCAGAUGAAGAGCCUGAAGCAGAGGAGGAGGAAGAGGAAAAGCCUCAUGUACCCACAGAAUUUGACUUUGAUGAUGAGCCCAUGACGCCCAAGGAUUCUCUGAUUGACAGAAGACGUACCCCAGGGAGCUCGGCCCGGAGUCAGAAGCGCGAGGCACGCCUCGACAAGGUUCUCUCCGACAUGAAGCGGCACAAGAAGCUAGAGGAGCAGAUCCUCAGGACUGGCCGAGAUCUCUUCAGCCUAGACUCGGAAGACCCCUCGCCUUCGACCACUCCCGUCCGACCCACCGGAGGAGGGCUCUUCUUGAGGCAGCGGAAAUACUGAGCGAACAGGGGAGGGGGCUCCCCUCUGCGGCCCCCCGGAGCGCGAGGGCGCCUGGCACGAGGCCGGCCGUAGAAGGAGCUGGCGAUGGAGGACUGCCGUGGUGGAGUGGUGGAUGGACCGAGUUUCGGUGGUUGUGUUUUUGUAAACUGAGCAGUUACAUUCCAAGGAGGUUUUUUUUAGGCCAAUCUUUGGUAUCUAAAUAAAGACUGUGCAGCUAGCUAUCCCCUCGCCACUCCCCUUUAUCCGCCAGCCUCCGAGGAGGGGUCGUUACGGCGGAGAAACCCCAAAGUUCAGGAGGCUUUGCUGUCCCCUCCCCUUCUCCCUCCACGGGGGGGCGGGAGAACUUGGAUAAGGAAGGCCCCAGGAUUGCUCGUGAGUUGGGUUCAAGAGACUAUUGACCAAAACUGGCUCUUCUCCCGGGCUCCCCAAAGUAUGGGGUGAGGAAGCGAAGCCCCUUCCAGCCCAGCGGAGAGCCGGGAGCCUCCAGGCGGAGUCUGCUCCUUCCUCCGACCCACCCUCCCUGGGCCCUUUAAAUGCUCCGGUCCCACCCCUCUCCGGCCUGACUACCAGGAAGUCUAUUACAGCGGUGCAGUGCGGUGGGGUGGGGAGAGGACUUGCGCUUCCCGAGGGAUGAGACGUCGGCCGCGGACGACACUUCCAGCCCAGUGACUCUGAGACCCC